UAUUGGACAGUCUGAAUGAUUCCAUGAAGUCACUGGUACUUCUGAAGUCAGAUUAGAAAAAGAACAAGUGUGACGACAGUAGCAGGCCUUUGUCAAUGUAAGGAUUGGGUAUGACAAUGCUAAUAAAGUGCACCACUCUUGAAGCGGGCAAAAAGAAAUCAAACUGUUCUACACUGGCUUGUAAGAACGAUAUUGGAUAUUGGAUUGCAUUCCCUUGAAUUGUGUGACCUUGAGGUGCAUAGCAUCAUCGCAAGCAGUGGGUGCAUCUCCGUAUUACCACUUGUGUCUUCUGGAAGUUUAUCCACUGCACUAGGAAGUGGGUUUCUGUCCGGCGGAGCACUACAGCAGACUUCGUUCUGCCAAGUUUCGAGUGUAUUCGUUAUUCUCACCACCUGAUUUUUCAAAUCAGACUAGUAUCGAAGGAAUUUAGAAAUGUCUUACUCAAAUAAGCAUGAAGUUAUAUUUCUAGACAAAAAGGACGCCCGUUCAACUUUACGUCUUGAAGAUUACUAUGACAUUGAUCGUAAGUUCUCAAAACCUGGAUUCCGUACCGAAAGUGGUCAGUUCAAUUGGCACUGUUCUUGUGUUAGUUCGUACAUAUCUGGUCCAUGUGGAUACUUCUUCAGAAACUUUAUGCAAAACAUAGACAAAUUUAUGAAAAAUGAGGAUGCUUUUGAGAAGCAACAGAAUCGCAAUUUAUUUGUUAAACUUCACUCUGAACUAAUGGGUUGUUUAAAAUCUCAUUCAGUGUACUACAAGUCUUUUAUGGAUGAAUAUGCCUCACCUUUGGAUAGUAUAAUUAAAGAUGUUGAAUGAAAUAACUGAAAUAUAAUUAGCUUCCACAUUUUCUUCAUA